UUUUUCAAUUGUUAUGGUUUGUUAUGUAAAACUUUGUUUAUUAAACUGAAGCCAUUGUGAUUCGAAAAACUUCUAUUAAUUAAGUCUCUGAGUGAGUUUAUUUAUUAAAAGGAGACAGUUACUUUUGAACAAAUCGUAGAUCAGCGCACCAGAGCCGGAUCCAGCUGAGCCUGCCACGUACAUGGCCCAAGGUUACUGAAUACCUAACAACGCAGUCAAUUAAAAGGCAAAAUGAGCAGCACUGCAAAGUUUCUUGCUAAAAGGCAGGAUAGAGAAGACGGUGUUGGGACAAACAAGAAACCGAGACCAUUCAAGAAGCAGGACUACCAGAGACUCAAACGUAAAUGGUUGAAGAAAAACACAUUGUUUUGUGAUCCGAUCUUCCCUGCGGGUUCUAAGUCUCUGGGCUACAAGGAACUGGGACCAAAUUCCUCCAAGGCACAAGGAGUGGAGUGGAAAAGACCAAAGGAGCUGUGUGCAAACCCUCAGUUUAUUGUGGAUGGUGCCAAGCGGACUGACAUCUGUCAAGGGGCUUUAGGUGACUGUUGGCUUCUGGCAGCCAUUGCUUCUUUGACUCUAAACCACAAUGUUUUGUGCCGUGUAGUCCCGCCUGAUCAGAGCUUUUCGGACGAUUAUGCCGGCAUCUUUCACUUUCAGUUCUGGCAGUAUGGUGAAUGGGUGGAUGUUGUCGUUGAUGACCGCCUGCCUACCAAAAAAGGAAAGCUGCUGUUUGUUCAUUCAGCAGAGCGUUCAGAGUUCUGGAGCGCCUUGCUGGAGAAAGCCUAUGCAAAGGUCAACGGCUCGUAUGAAGCUCUGAGUGGCGGCAGAGCCGCUGAGGGUUUUGAGGACUUUACGGGAGGUAUUGCUGAGAUCUAUAUGCUGAGUGAAGCCCCUCCAGAUCUGUUUAAGAUCAUUCAGAAAGCACUUGGGUUGGGCUCCCUGCUUGGCUGCGCCAUUGUUGCUACCAAUGCAAAAGAAACGGAGGCAGUGAGCAGCCUAAAGCUGAUAAAAGGACAUGCGUACUCUGUCACUGGUGCAGUGGAGCUUCACUGCCUCGGGCGUCCGGUGCAGCUGGUGCGUCUUAGGAACCCGUGGGGUGAUACGGAGUGGACGGGUGCAUGGAGUGAUAACUCCAGUGAGUGGAAAAAUAUCUGUCCGGAGGAGAGAGCGAAACUGAAUUAUUCAGCUGAGGAUGGAGAAUUCUGGAUGACAUAUUCAGACUUUCUGCAGAAUUUCUCAAGGCUGGAGAUUUGUAAUCUGACUCCAGAUACUUUGACCAGUGAAGAGGUGAGGCACUGGAACUACUGCCAGUUUGAUGGCAACUGGAAAGUGGGAUGUACCGCAGGAGGCUGCAUUAACAAUAAAGAUACGUUCUCCUCAAACCCUCAGUUUGUGAUCAAGCUUGAGGAUGUUGAUGAUGACCCUCAUGAUGGAAAGGAUGGUUGCACUUUGCUGGUGGGACUGAUGCAGAAAGAUGUGCGCAAAGAUAAACACAUUGGAAGGGACCUAAAAUUCAUAGGCUUUUAUAUCUACAAGGUUCCAGAUGAGUUCAAGGGUCGCAGUAAUGUUCAUCUCAACUCGGAUGUGCUGCUGCAUGAAAAAUCAGUUGAAAAGAGCAAGUUCAUCAGCCUGCGAGAGAUAUGCAAGCGCUUUAAGUUGCCUCCUGGAGAAUAUGUCAUCCUUCCCUCCACUUUUGAGCCAAAUCUCCAGGGAAGUUUUAUACUGCGUGUGUUUACAGAGAAAAAGGCGGUCGCCAGCCCAAUGGAUGUUAAUAUCACUGCAAAUAUUCAAAAGGAUUGCAUAUCUGAGAGUGAUGUGGACCCAAGUUGUAAAGAGCUUUUUAUGCAGUUUGCUAGAAAUGACUCAGAGCUGUCUGUAAGGGAGCUACAGCGGUUGCUGAAAAAAUUUGUGUCUGAAAGAACUGAUAUCAAGUCUGAUGGUUUCAGUAAGGAAACGUGUCGUCACAUUAUCAGCCUGCUGGAUAAAAAUGGCAGUGGCAAACUUGGUCUGUUGGAGUUUCACAAACUGUGGAUGAAGAUCCAGAGAUAUUUGGAAAUUUUUAAGAAACGCGACACAGACAAGUCAGGCACUAUGAGUUCCUUUGAGAUGAGAGAUGCACUAAACGAUGCAGGGUUUCAAGUGAACGGUGAAAUACUUCAGGUGAUAAUCUUACACUAUGCUGAUCAGCAGCAAGCCAUUGACUUUGAUAACUUUGUGGGCUGCCUGAUCCACUUGGAGAUGCGCUUCAAAACGUUUCAAAUGUUCGAUAAGAACACCGGGAAAGUUGAGCUGGAUAUCCUGAAGUGGCUUUGCUUGACCCUCGAUUAAAAAUCCACAAAUUUUCUGCAAAAACAGAAACAUUUCCAGGAGAAGGAUGGUUUGGCUGAUGGAGUAAAAUCAGACAGAGUGUGUUUUCUACACCUUAAAUUUUCUUCUAAAUUUUUGAGUAUUCAUUUAGCAUUUUUUUAUUAAGUUUAUUUUAUUAUUAAUUUAUUUUUCUCACCAAUAAUUAUAUUUACUAACAUUGGUAACAUUUUACAACAAGGUUGUUUUUGUUAACAUUAUUAAAAUGAACUAACAAUGAAUGAUACUUCUACAGCAUUUAUUAAUCUUCGUUCAUGUUAAUUUCAGCAUUCAUUAAUACAUUUUUACCAUCAAAAGUAGUAUACAUCGGUUAAUGCAAAAUUAAUUAACAUGAACAAUUGUAUUAUCAUUAACUGGAACAUUAACAAAGAUGUGUUUGCCUGACAUUUAAUAUUUUUAUACAUAUUCAUUUAUUCUUUUUCUUAUUUUUAUUACUGUUUAAUCUUAUGUCAGGUGCUGUAUUGUCUUCACAAGUAUGGAUAAGGGAAUUUUGGGAAGUUUUAACAGUACAAUAGCAGUGUGUCCACUGUCUUUGCUUUGUAUAAUAACACCUGUCUAAUUGGUUUAAAUUCACAUAAAGUUAAACUUAGUAUUGAAAUGCAACUACUUGUAAAGAUAUUCAAUAAACUCUGCGUAUUUUAUGCUAUCAUUACUUUGUUACUUGAAAGCAGUUUUUUCCUCCAUCUGUCUCAUGGUUAAGUCAUUGUCGUCUAACACUAAUGAACAUUAAUUUUAUGACAUGAAUUUACAGUCUAAAAGUUUUACAAUAUUAAUAUUUAGCUAC